AUGUCUCGCGCAUCAAAGUUCACAUUGGCAGCCACUGGCCUGGGCACAGCGGGUAUUGUCUGGUUUGUCCACUGGGCACAAGAAGCGGAUAGGGCGGCUAUGCACAAAGGUGUCGAACGCGAUAUGGAAAAGCAACGUCUUCGACUAGAACGUCAAGCGGACUUCGAAAUGCAAAAAGCCCUCGAGCAGGAGUAUCUCAAACUCCAGACGGUGACCAGCACAACGGGCGAUUCAAAUACGCCCAACCAAAAAACAAUUUCGGGGUCAUGA